GGAAGUGGAGGAUCUGUUGGGAUCCGUUGGGAUCUGUUCAGUUGUAUUAAAGAAAAUUUUGUGGGGUAAAGAUUGGUGUAAGCGUGUGAGUAUGAGAAGGUGCGAACGUGAGAGUGUUGUGGAUAGGGGAACAUAU